AUGUUUAUCGGGGGAUUAAGCCCAACCACAACAUCAGAGGGACUUCGCGAUUAUUUUCAAAAAUAUGGAGAGAUUAAAGAGUUUAUGAUCAUGCGUGAUCCUAUGACAAAGCGCUCCAGGGGUUUUGGCUUUGUCACAUUCAGUAAUCCUCUCUGUGUGGAGAAAGUCCUAGAGGCCGCACCUCACAUCCUUGAUUCCAAAAAGAUCGAUCCCAAGCUGGCCGUUCCUCGAAAAUCCGGACAAAAUACCAAGCUGGCCACGCGGACGAAAAGAGUUUUCAUCGGAGGUGUUGCCACUCAAACCACCAAUGACGAACUGAGUGAAUACUUUAGCCAGUUCGGAAAAGUGAGUCCAUAUCCGAUUGAUCAUUAA